AUGGUUUGCGAAAAGUGUGAGAAGAAGCUCGCGAAGGUGAUAGUGCCGGACAAGUGGAAGGACGGUGCCCACAACACCACCGAAGGCGGCGGCCGGAAAAUCAACGAGAACAAGCUCCUGUCUAAGAAAAACAGAUGGACUCCUUAUGGACAAACCAAAUGUAUUAUAUGUAAGCAACAAGUACACCAGGAUGGCAAAUAUUGUCACACAUGCGCUUAUAGUAAAGGUAGAGUAUGUGCUAUGUGCGGAAAGCAAGUACUCGACACCAAGUUCUACAAGCAAAGCAAUGUAUAA